AUGACUACUUCGGUACAGUCCGAGCCCAGGAAAGAACUAAGGGAUAAUACGAGGAGAGACAACCCAGUAUCACGGCCAAGCAGGGAACGAUUCCAACCAUAUGUCAAGACACCCGUCCCCUCAUUCUAUUAUGAAGAUGGCACGUCUAGGCCGAGAUUAGGCACUCACAGGAACGAUCGAGUGGUCUACGCUUUCGAGAAGCUCGGAACUAAAGUCAAAUGGCCACUAAAGAUGAGUUCGGACCCAAACACAAGGAAAUCUGAUGCCCUCUGCGAGUUCCACCAAGAACGUGGACACAUAGUAGAAGAUUGCAUCGCCCUGAGACUAGAGGUGGCAAACUUACUGCAUCAAGGGAACCUCAAAGAACUACUUAGCGACAAAGGCAUGAACACAUUAGCAAGGAGUCGAGAAUGUCUAGGCCCACCGAAGCCCCCUUCACCAGCUCAUACCAUUAGUAUGAUUAUUGGUGGCAGCGACGAAGCCUCUAUCAAUGACAUCAAAUUCACCCCUACCCACAAGCUCAAAAGAUCGAUCACUUACAAACGGUAUGACGGACUCGAAGAAAGUAUCAUCUUUGAAGAGUCAGACACCGACGGUUUGACUUUCCCUAAUAAUGAUGCACUUGUCAUUAGUUUACGAAUAUUAGAUAAUGAUGUUAAAAGAAGUAUGGUAGACGACGGAAGUGGAGCGUGCAUUAUCCAUCCACAAGUCCACGUACAGAUGAGACUCGAGGAUAAGAUAGUGCCACAUUGUAUUACACUAGCUGGUUUUAAUAAUGCAGUUGAACAGACUUUGGAAAAAAUCACACUCUCUGUUCUCGCCGGCGGAGUAACUCUAGAGACAACGUUCCAUAUCAUGGACUAG